AUGGCGACGAAGCUCAGUACCCGCGCCAUCCUGUUGUCUCUCUUCCUGGGGCUCGCCGUCUUCGCCGGGAAGCCUGUAGCGACCCACGGCGGCGGCACCAAGGACGCCGUUGCGGACAACGUUAGGAAGAUAGUGGCCACGGCCAUCCAGGACAACCCCGGCGUCGGCCCCGCCCUCAUCCGGCUGCUCUUCCAUGACUGCUGGGUCCAAGGUUGCGACGGGUCGGUGCUCCUGGACGGCAGCAAGACGGAGAAGGCGGCGAAGAACAACAUCGGCCUCGACGGCUUCGCCGUGAUUGACGAGAUCAAGGCCAAGGUAGGCGAGGAUGUCUCCUGCGCCGACAUCGUCAUCCUCGCCGCCCGCGACGCGACCUUCAUCGUCAGCCGCGGCAAGAUCGACUACAACGUAACGAUGGGCCGCAUGGACGGCGUCAAAUCCUCGGCCGCCGCUGCCGACGCCGUCCUCCCUCCUUCCACCUUCAACAUCACCCAGCUCAAGGCCAACUUCGCCGCUAAGGGCUUCAACACCCGAGAGCUCGUCGCCCUCUCCGGUGCGCACGCCGUCGGCGUCGCCCACCGCUCAUCUUUCCAGGACCGGCUCGACAACGCCACCGCAACGCCCAUCGUUCCCAAGUACAGCAAGGCACUCACCGAUGACGUCGAGAAGCAGAAGAAGCUGCAGGGGACGCAGGACCCGAUCGAGCCGAACAACAUCCGCGACAAGGAGCUCGCCUUCCGGAACGCGUCCGGCUACGACGACACAGGAGUGGACACGUCCAAGGCAGCGAGGGGCGUGCUGGACAACAGCUAUUACCACGCCAACCUCCAGAACAAGGUGCUCUUCAGAUCCGACUGGGAGCUGCGCAACGACACCACCGGCGUUGCCGGGGGUGUCAUGGCAACGUUUGAGGCCAACGCCAACAAGUGGUUCCUGCAGUUUGGGAAUGCCAUGGCCAAGCUCAGCAAGCUCCCUGCCGAUGGCACGCGUUUCGAGAUCAGGAAGAACUGCAGAAAAAACAACUAG